ACUGCCUCUUUUUAUAGAGGACAAGGAGUUUUCUUGUGAUUCUGAAUUGUAAAUACACGUGUGAUGUUUUGUUCUUUCUUUGGAUCCAUGUUAACUUUGUUUAAGCAACUAACUUCAGGUGAAAAUAAGAGAACAAAAAGGUUAAUCAAGUUUUACCACUCCCAUGGAAUUUUCUAAUCUCUGCUAAUUCCAUUGCUCUUGUUCUCAAGGAACACAUGUUCUUGGGUGUUGUCGUUUUCCAAAAACAGCUUUCUGAUUGCUUCAGUGUCACUAUAUGUGGGCCUUCUUCUCCUACUUCUAAAUCCAUUUACCCUUUUUCUUUGUUCUUGCUUCAAGUUACCAACUUCAGUGUCUGUAAUUUAUUCCUCAUUUGUUAGAAAGUGUUGGCCUUUUGAGGAGGUUGUGUUCUGGCAUGGGAUGAGGGUGGUAUUGGCAAUGAUGCUGCAACUUCUUAAGCUCUGCAUCAUUUUUCUUUCUGUUGCUGUCCCACGAUCCAAAGGGUCCACUGUAUCUCCAUCUCCAGCAUUCCUUCCUGUGAUUCCUUCACUUGGAAGCAAUGCACCAAGUUUACCAUUACUUCCACAUGGCCUUGUUGUACCUCCAUCUCCAGCAAGAGGUUCAUGGACUAACAUUGCCCCAAGCUCUCCAGAAGUAGCAAAUGGGUCAUUCUUGCUUCCUCCGGAUGCUUUACCACUUCCUGCAUCAGCUCCAACUCCUCAGAAGCAUGAUAAGGACAUAGAACCAUCCACAACUCCAAGUCCAACUACUAUAGCAUUGUCACCACCACCACAUGAGGUUGUUCCUUUGCCAUCAACGCCACAAGGAAAUGCGCCGCUCACAGAAUCUGCUGCAUCACCACCAUGGAAAGCGGAGCAUAAUCCUUCUCCUCCACCACCAGAAGCACACCCUAUUAGUCCAUCCAUAUUGCCUGCACCUGUUGCAUCACCAGCAAGUUCAUUUCCAGCGAAUCCGCCACUGGUCCAUCCAAUUAUUCCAUCAACAUUACCAGUGCAAUCAUAA